CACGCUAUUCACAUUUCAUCGUUGGAUGGAUGAAUCUGAUCUGAUCUGACAAGCCACCAUUUCUUGACGGCACACUACACCAACUGUCAGGUCCUCCCAUCAACUUCAUACUGUUCUUUCGCGCAUAUUGUCCGGCUGGACCGUCUCACAAGUUCUCAAACUUUCCCGCAACGCGUCGUCUCCUCGAUUCCACUCCUUGUCCGACCUCCGUCUCCUCCCUGUCCCUCGCGCUCCGUCAGAGCCUCCUCCACCCUCUCCUACAGUUCUCUGAGUGGGAUAUUUUCGAGUGUCAUUCGCGAAGAACCGCGCACUUGUCACGCUUCUCCUCGUUUCGGUUUCAUCACAUCCAGGGUGGACAUUGACUGCGACAACUUUAUCGAAAACACACCACAAGAUUCUCACAGUUUCCCUUGUCCCUCGUUUAUUCCCCGAGUGUUCUGCUGCAUGGACUUGCUACUGGCUCAGACAAGAGACGCGCACAACACGGUCACACGACGAAAGCCAGUCACUUCUCUGGGGUGCGGUUGAAUUGUGUCCGCGACAAGACAUUGUCGAAGAGGCUUCGGUUGUCGAAUGUUUACCGUGUCAAUUGCCACAUAUUCAUGCAACGCCCUCUGGGUGAAAUUCAAGAAUGGCAGCUCCGCUUGAAGAGCUGCACCAGGGGAAUUCUGGCACAUUAAGAUACACCAUAGGCGCUACUCGCAACCAGAACGAGCUUUCUCCGCAGAACUCCAACGGUCAGUACACGUACACACCACCAAACCAGGCAAACGGCAAUACAAACGAUGUCCCCUACGACAGUGAUGCCAGAUAUUCCUCUGAUAGCAGAACUGGAAGAAAGAGGUCCGUGGGUGGGCAAGGAGAACGCAGUAGAUCAAGAACAAAUGGCAGCACAGGGAAGUCAUCCAAUUCUGGAUCCCGACAGUGCAGAAAAUGUGGCGAGCCUCUGACUGGUCAAUUUGUGCGUGCGCUUGGUGGGACAUUCCACCUUGAUUGCUUCAAAUGCGCCGACUGUGGCCAGAUUGUCGCCUCCAAGUUCUUUCCUGUGGACGCUGAGGAUGGAUCUGGACAAUUUCCCCUCUGCGAAACAGACUAUUUCCGGCGCCUGGAUCUCCUAUGCUUUGAAUGCGGUGGCGCACUUCGUGGUUCCUACAUCACAGCACUCGAUCGAAAGUAUCACAUCGAGCACUUCACAUGUUCAGUGUGCCCGACGGUUUUCGGCGCUCAGGAUAGCUAUUACGAACACGACGGGAGAGUCUACUGUCAUUACCACUACUCUACGCAGUUUGCGCAACGAUGCAACGGUUGUCAGACUGCUAUCCUAAAACAAUUUGUCGAGAUCUUCCGGAAUGGACAGAAUCAGCAUUGGCACCCUGAAUGCUAUAUGAUUCAUAAAUUCUGGAACGUGCGACUUGCACAAUCUGAGACAGAGGUGGAGAAGAAGGAUAUUAACGCUCCUGUUACCGAGGACGAGCGCGAAACGGUUAAAGAGGAUGAAGAAAAGAUGGAGGAUAAAGUCUAUCGGAUCUGGAGCACCCUUUCUACAUUUGAAGAAUCCUCUGCUUCCUGCAUCUCAGAUAUGCUGCUACAUGUCAGCAAUGGCGUCUACGUCGACGGAGUCAUUGUCGCUCGGAAGUUCAUCUGGCACGUUGACAUCCUCUUCGGUGCUAUCGACACCCUCGCAACUCUGAUUGUCAAGGCUCAACUCAAAGAACUUGCCUACGGUCGAGAAGCGAAACUGCUUUGCAAAAAGGUCGUCGCAUUCUUCACACUUCUCUCGAAAACUCAGGAGACUGGAGUGCGAAAACUCGGCGUUACCCAGGAGCUCUUAUCGUUGGUCACUGGUCUGGCUCAUUACCUCAAAUUACUCAUUCGCAUUGGUCUCCAAGGAGCGCUGAAACUUGAACGCGAAAAAGGGUCCCCUGAAGGCCUUCAUGCAUUCUUGGACGAGCUUGCUGACCUUGAAACAAUCAAAGAGCAAGAGAUGAAAUCACUAGAUUUGCAAGAGAGUGUGGCAGGUCUUGCCAGCCAAGAGUCGGAUUGUUGCUCUGCAUGCAUGGAACCCAUCGAUGACGAAUGUGUCAUGAUUUACGGUCGAAGAUGGCAUGCAAAGCCUCGUCACCUUAUUUGCAGCGUCUGCCAACGAGAUUUGACGAGCGACCUUGCCAGUGCGAUGUAUAACGAGAGAGAAGAAAAGGUGUACUGUGUUGAUCACGCAAGACGGACGCCGGACACAGUCUCAGGAUUCGCCCACGUCACCAAACUACAGCAGUACGUCUUCUUACUCCAGGUUGCAUUGGCACGCUUGCUUGAGGUGCUGAAGUCUGGCGGGACUCUACCACAUACCUCGGAUGAUCCUAACCUGACACCAUACAACACCAACGAAGGACACCACGUAUCGCCUUCCGGGGAGCCUGUUACACCUCAUCAGAAGAUGGGAUCACGGUCUAGAUCCUACGCAGGUACAUCGAGCCAACAAGAAUCUUCAUUAGAACAGACUGUGGGUGAGAUGAAGCGACUUCGGUCUACUCGAAACGAACGCGCUCUUUCCACGACAUUCCGGAAGGCUCGAGAGUCCAAAAUUCUCUAUGGCCCACAUGGUGUGCGACCAGGCUCUGAAGGUGGUGAUGGUCAGGAUAAUCGAAAUCCGGGUGGCUUCCAGAUCGUUCAGGAGAAAGAUCUUGAUGGUCGCAUGAAAUCAGAACUUACCUUUGGCAAUCAAGAGGGUCUCACCCUGGAUGACAUUCCGAGGAUUGUCGCCGCCGAGCAGGCAAAGGAACAGCGGCCGAACGCUUACCGUCAUGCAGGCACCAACCUGAUUGGUCACCGAGGUAAUGAACCUAGACUUGUGAAUGGGCACCAGCGAGGUUCAUCUAGUGGUGGUGCUGAUCUCCUGGCCGGCGAACACCCCCUCAGAACCAAACGAUACUUUUCGGAACUGUCCGCUCUGGAGUACUUUAUUGUCCGACAUGUGGCAGUCCUCUCGAUGCAGCCCUUGUUAGAUGGUGAAUAUACCCUUGAAGAUCUGCUUGGUCUAAUCGAACAGCGAAAGCAGACAUUCUGGGGCAAAGUCAGUCGUGCACUUCGUGGUGACGCUGGUGUGAAGAAGAAAGGAAUUUUCGGAGUUCCGUUGGAGACACUAGUUGAGCGCGAGGGAGCAGAAUCAACCAACGGAGUCGGACCUGGUGCCCUCAGAGUACCAACUAUCGUUGAUGACUGUGUAUCUGCCAUGAAACAAAUGGAUAUGUCGGUCGAAGGUGUCUUCAGAAAGAAUGGCAACAUCAAACGCCUUAAAGAGACGGCAGAAGCGAUCGAUGCGAAUCAGACGCCUGACCUCAACCGAGAAAAUCCGGUACAAGUUGCCGCAUUGCUCAAGAAGUUUCUGAGAGAGAUGCCCGAACCGUUGUUGACAUACAAGUUACAGAAGCUGUUCAUCAUUUCUCAAAAGAUUGUGGACGAUGAACGCCGAAGGAGGGUUCUGCAUCUCACAUGCUGUCUGAUGCCAAAGAGCCAUCGUGAUACUAUGGAAGUACUAUUCUCAUUCCUGAAAUGGGCGGCCUCCUUUUCUCAGGUUGAUGAAGAAUCUGGCAGCAAGAUGGACAUCCACAACUUGGCUACCGUUAUGGCGCCCAAUAUCUUGUAUGCGAAAGAGAAAGGGGCACCGGGCGCAAGACCUCAAGUUCCACAGGUCGAUGAUAGCUUCCUUGCUAUCGAGGCGGUCAACACCUUGAUCGAAUACAAUGAUCUGUUCUGUCAGGUCCCAGAAGAUCUACAGUCCAUCCUGACCGAUACAAAUCUUCAUGGCGGGUCUGCAGAGCUUACAACGAAGGAGAUAUUGUCACGAUAUGGUCAUAUUGCCAAGGGCCAGGUGCAGAAACAGACAGUUGCAGCAGCAGAUGCACCAGUCCGCAGCCCCGUAUCGGCUUCGAACUCGCUUGGCCCCGUCGCCACAAGGGUGGAUGUCGAUCCGUACCAGGCUACUGCAUGGCAGAAGCAAAGUUCUGUUAGGCCUGUACAGAACAUGGCUUCAACAACAUCGACACCAGCAAAUGAGUUUAACUUCGGCGUCCCGAACAGCCCGUAUGCUCGAGAACGUGCAGGAAGCGCUGAUAGUGCAGGAAGCCGUGGAGGUGCACAGGGUGGACGGCAAAGCUACCAGCUAAGACCAGGGCAGAUGGGUGUAGCAGGUUGAAAGACCCAUAUUCAGAUUCAACGCAAAGAAUUUACCUGCAUUCUCGAGGCGGCAUUCCCCCUCAUUGACCGGCUUCUGGCACGCGAUAUCAGACUGCGACAAGUCAAAGAUGUCAAACUCGACCGGAGAACCACGGCGGUCAAAACACUUGCACGACCUUCAUGACACGAAAACAUUUUCCUUUGUUCAGUGCUACUCAAAGGGGACACAACGGACGGCCUUCCAUGCAUGACGCCACAAUUGCAGGGCUUUCGUGGACUUUACUUACAUGUGCUUUUUCACAAGGUUUCAGAGUUGAGCCUUUUCACCUUGGCCGGCAGCCGAGCGCUUUACGGCCUAGCUGGGCACAAUUCAUUACACUUCUUCACAGCAAGCGGCGCUUCGAUUUACACAACACUGUUUUUUGAGCUUGUGGGCUUUCUUUUCUUGAGCUGUGGAGUUCGUUUUCUUCACCACUCCUCGACCAUGUCUGGAGAUGUGCACUAUUCGAUGGCAAUUGAUUGAAUACAGUUUCUUUCUAAGGCUUUGCGACAUACGAACUAGGGCACGCUGGCAGAAAAGAUAUUCUCGAGAGAUUCAACUAGGGCUAUGCUUGAGCGCUAUUGGCGGUUCAUGGUCUCGGGAGACCAACGUUGGAUACAGAAGUCUGUGCUUGAAAAGGGCCGACUGCUGUAAUCGAUAUGGGCCACGAAUGCGAGCUAUUCUCAUCAGGAACAGGAGGAUUUGGAGAGGAAUGCAAGGAUGUAAGAGCUGGCAACCAUACUGUGCUUUGCAAGUGGUGAGAUUGAGCUUGUUCCUGGUGUCGCGGACUUGGAAAACAUGGGAUAACGACGUGAGCUCAACAAGAUCACACUGCCAACUAUUUGACGGGCAGCAGCUCAAAAAGUCUUAUCGUGCGAUUCGACAAUACCUGGACCUUCACAGAGGACGGAUAAGGAAUGAAGAUGUUGGGUCGGUGGACAACGAAUCCGACUAGUCGGCGUCACCAUCACUCAUGCGCUCUUGGGAAUGGGACGUUGGCGCGGAGAUAUCGACUGGGCAGCUGGGCUUUCUUGAGCAAUCGCUUCUACAAAUCUCUUGUCACGAUCCAAGUUUUCGAGUGCCGAGGAUGGAUCACAGUGUUAGUCAUUCUCCCAUGCAGGUGGUGAGCUGUAGUCUACUGUCUAUCGAAAAUGCUCAGUGCCCAUUGACAUUG